ACUACUCCAUCUACGCAUGCGGACUGGACCUGCCAUGCCAGGGUGCACUGCACAAUGGAGGAAAGGUGUACAGGGACGAGUGGUUGUGAAACUAGAAGUCCCGUCGCUUAUGAAAGCAGUAGUUAAUAUAUUAUGAAAUAACCGCUGGGUUUGGAGUCAGCAGUGGCGGUAACUCCGGCCAAAGACGACUUGGCCCGAGGCUGAAGUAGUGCUGAGUAACCGCUGGGUUCAGCCGGUGUGCGGUGCUGCGGUUCUUUAGCGGGUCUCCUGGCUGCCUUCUGCAUUUUUACAUGCCUUUGUCCGAAGAGGCUGUAACCAUCCGGACGAGGGGGCAGUCAGAGGAGGGUGAACGAAACAAGAGAGUGACAAAACAACACACAACAGCGGACUGCGGCCAGUCCCUAUGCUGCUGCUUCACAGGCAACAUGCUGUGAAGAAGUGAUCCACACAGGGAAUCCAGUGGUGCUGUUUUCAAUUUAUUGUAUACCUCUCAAUUUAAAGAUAUCCAACAAGAAAGAUGUCAGAGGUCAGCAUAGCAAAGCGUAAGGAGAAGUGUGAGAAUUGCACCAAACAGUGCAACAAGAAACAAAGUGACGAUGGUGCCAACUCCAAACAGGAAAAAGAAGAAGUCAGUGGACAGGUGAGUGAAGGAUCCCAGUUGUUGCUGAGUGCAUGUCUGUCCUGCGAUGGCUGUCUGUCAGAGGAGGACAACCUGAAGAUCUCACAGCAGAGCCUUGAGGAAGUGGAGCGAGUUUUGGCGCUCAAUAAGAAGUGUGACGUGUCGAAGCACAAAGUGCUGGUGGCAUCGGUGUGUCCACAGUCUCUGCCAUUCUUUGCUGUCAAGUUUGGUCUGGACAUUACUGAAGCUGCCCACAAACUGUGCUACUUUCUCAAGAGCCUCGGAGUGCAGUAUGUGUUCGACACCACCUUGGCUGCAGGUUUCAGUAUCUUAGAGAGUCAAAAGGAGUUUAUUCAGAGGUAUCGCAGGAGGAAACAUGACUCCCAUGCCUUGCCUAUGUUCACCUCCUCCUGCCCAGGGUGGAUUCGGUAUUCAGAGCGUGUCCUAGGCAGUCUGGUCACUCCUCACAUCUGCACAGCCAGGUCUCCUCAGCAGAUCAUGGGCUGUCUCGUCAAAGAUUACUUCUCAAAACAGCAGAAGUUAAGUCCAGAGAAAGUCUACCAUGUAGUGGUGGCUCCCUGCUUUGAUAAGAAGCUAGAGGCUGUCAGAGAGGAGUUCUACAGCAGCCUGCUGGAGACCAGGGACGUGGACUGUGUCCUCACCUCAGGGGAGAUCUAUUACCUGAUGGAGCAGAGGAAGGUGUCAGUGGAAGAGCUGGACUCAGUUCCACUGGACCAAGUGUUGGGAGAAGCUGGAGAUGCGACACUGGUGAAGCACGAUGGCAGAGGUUCUGAAGGUUUUCUAGAACAUGUGUUCAAACACGCUGCUAAAGAGCUUUUUGGUCUGGACAUCCAAGAGAUCACAUACAAGACCCUCAGGAAUAGGGACUUCCAGGAAGUGACACUGGAGAGGGACGGGGAAACACUGCUGCAGUUUGCUGCCGUCUACGGUUUCAGGAACAUCCAGACUCUAGUUCACCGUAUAAGAAAAGGACGUGUGCCUUACCAACUAGUGGAGGUGCUGUCCUGCCCAGGAGGGUGCUUGAGUGGCCGGGGUCAGGCAGAGAGCGAUGCAGGAGGUCGGGUGGAUAAAGCUCUGGUCCAGCAGAUGGAGGAGGCCUACAGCAGCCUGCCAGUCCGACUUCCAGAAGUCAACCUCACCCUGCACACCCUCUAUCAAGACUGGCUGCAAGGACAGGACUCACUACAUGCCAACAAGCUGCUACACACCGAGUACAGGAAUCAGAGUCAGAUCCACACGCAGCCUCCACACAUGCAGUGGUGAGGAGAAAUGGGCUGUUUUCCUUUUAAAACAUGACUGAACAGCUGCUUGGUUGGGAUUCUGCUUGGACCAUGUCAUCUUGAGUGCUGGCUCAUUGAAGGACAAGCUGUGGGCCAUGCAGCACCAUGGGCCAGUGAACAAGGUCUCAACAGGUCAUUUUUCCAUUUGGCCACACGGGAGAGCUGUCUAUAUUUUAAUUAAUCAUGCCCCUUCUGUGCCAAACCUGAGCCUGAGAAAAUAAAAGGGUCCAGAGUCCAGAAACACACAUAGGACAUUUUCACUCUCUGAAGCAGUAAUGUCAAUAAGUAGAGAUAAUAGCUACAAAAAAAAGAGGUACAAAGUCACCUGACGUGCCAGCUGUUCUGAGGAAUGACAACGUCUGUAGCACGUUUGAACUAUUUAUCAGUACGUCAAUUCACAGAGCAAUAAGGCAGUGAGUUAAUGAAUAAGAAGCUAGAAUCACAACUGGAACUCUUAAGUGAACUUGUGGACACUGAAUGUUUAUUUCAGGAGUUUAUUGUAUUACAAAUCUUAACUGUGUAUGAUGAAGCAUGUUGUUUUACUUAGUUUAAUUUCUUUCCAUUCACUGUUUGUUGCUGAAAGACCAGACAACAUGUUCUCAAGCACAGUGUAAGCUAUGCAACAGUGUCUCGACAGUCACAGUGAAGGGACAGUUGAGAAUGUUGGAUUAUCCAUCCCAGUGAAGGGAGAGUACAGAUAUUAUUUUUAAUAGAACCAUGAGGAUUUCAUUUGCAAUAUCACUUUCUUCUAAUUUCAAAGAACAGUAUUUUUAUUAAGUUCUGUGUUUUUGUUUCUUGUUUUACAAGCGCAAACAUCCAUGUCAUAUGUACACCACUAAAAUAUUCUGACAAACAAAUGGGGCUGUCUCAUUUCAGUUCAAUACUUUCAUGUUUCCAGUGAAAGGACUGUGUAAGGCUAAAACUAGCAAACAUUUCAAGAGCUGCUUGAUCAGUUUUUGAAUGUGUAUUGUUUGUGACUUGUUUUUGAUUCGGUCGUUCGGACGACAGGUCAAUCUGUGUUGGCAAGCGUUGUGGAAAUGUCAGUGUUCAAUCCAUCCAUCCAUCCAUCCAUUCUCUAUACACCGUUUUAUCCUCACUAGGGUGGCGGGGGGUGCUGGAGCCUAUCUCAGUUGACUCGGGCGAAGGCAGGGGACACCCUGGACAGGUUGCCAGUCUGUCACAGGGCUACAUAUACAGACAAACGAUCACACUCCCACCUACGGGCAAUUUAGAGUAAUCAAUUAACCUCAGCAUAUUUUUGGACUGUGGGAGGAAGCCGGAGUGCCCGGAGAAAACCCACGCAUGCACAGGGAGAACAUGCAAACUCCAUGCAGAAAGAUCCCAGGCCCAGACCGGGAUGUGAACAGGGGAUCUUCUUGCUGCAAGGCGAAAGUGCUAACCAGUACUCCGCUGUGCAGCCCCAGUGUUCAAUCCAAAUUGGUAAAUGAGAGGUUUUGUGGUUGCCAUUUCAAUUGUGGUGUUGAUGGUUGAGUUGGUAGCUUGUAUGUGUGCAGCUGCAAACAUUGUUGGGAAGGUUGCUAGCAACAAGCCACCAUGACAGAGACUUCUGUAACGGUUAAUGGUUUCUAGCCAGCCCCUGUGUGCAGAGUGAAUUCAAUUUACUUGAGCAACAAACCUAGAGCUGUGUCAUACAAUGAAUGUAGGAGACAUUUAUCACAUUCACAAUAUCUAGACUGUAUUUCUGAUUCAUUUAUUGUUUUCUUCAUUGGAAAUUUUUUUUAAGUGACCUCAAAUUUUUAAACGGUAGUGUAUGAGCUGUAUGCACCGCAUCUCAUCACUCUUCUUGUCGCUUUCUGUUCGCUGUGGUCAGUGAACGAAAGGCUUGCUUGCAAACAGCAGCAGGGUUCACUGAUUUCCAGGAAUCUGUCAUUACCUUUCGACUGGCAGGCAGCCAGCUGAAACUUGUAAAUAAUUUUGAAUCAUUUAGUGCAGCCAGAGCAAGUGAAAGCAAAACUAUGCGUGAUCGUUUUUUGUUUGAGGGAUAAUAUCUUUACCUGUAUGUACACGUCGGCUAGUACAUCAAUGACAACAAAAAAAUUGUUGACUUGUUUUUCUUACCCACAGCUAAGAGUAGCUUCUGUACAUCACACACAAUGGAUGAUCAAAGAGGAUCAAGUGUCUGUGAAACCCUUGUCAUACUGGUUCUGUUCAAUUCUACUUUUGUGAUCAUUAUUCAUUUUGGGCAAUAUCGGUGUACAUAUGAGCAUAUACGGUAAUCAUAUUCAGCAUCAGACCCACUGUUCAGCAACUGUUUUCUCUCAUUUUACCCCCCAUCUCUUCAAGUUUCAUUUCUCCCCUGCACAUCCAGGCUCACCAGGAAACUCCCCCAGACUGACAAGCUGUGUAACCUUUCACUUUGUCAAUCAUUCCCUGCUGCUCACUUGAGAGAGAGGAUCUCCUUUAAGUAAGUGUUCCUAAGAUUAGUUAAGUGUGUUUGCUUAUACAACAUUGCAUGGAUGGGUGCAUUAAUGGGCUUUUAUUCAUUUGAACAGGUAAUGAAUCACUGUGAAGUUAAUGUAUGGUUUUUUCAGCUGUUUACAGAGGCCUGUUGAUCCUAAUAGAUUUUUAAAAUGUGUUUUAAAUGAAUCUGUUUUAGGUAGUUUUAACCAGCAAUGGAAGAAUUUUCUUCCAGUUCAGUGAACAUGUCUUUGAGUAAAUAUACAUAAGCAAAAUGUUCAGAAUGAAAAGUAAAGUUACUUAUUAUAUAAAGUGGCAAGCUGUCUAUUUCACUUGAUUACAUUUAUCAAAUUAAUUAUUUACAAGUAUUCAGGCAAUGGUGUGUCCAGUAAGCAAUAUUGUCAUUAUGCAGCUGGUUGAACUGGAGCCAUGAAAUUCAGUGGUUCCGAACCUUAAGUCAAAUGUUAAAUUACAUGAUAUGAAACUGGACGUUUUCAAUACAACUAUAUUAUUCGUCACUAUUUAAGUUUUGUUUGGUCUUUUUUGCAUUAGUUUAUUCAAUAGUUUUAGUUCUUGGUAUUUAGCACUUUCAGCUGAUUCUUUAUGUAUUUAUCAGGGACUUUUAGCUAAAGCUAUUUAAGUGUUUUUCAAAUAACUACUAAAACUAAUCAUUUCAAGCAUUUACCUUUUUUUUUUUUUUUUUUUACCAAAUUUGAAUUUUACGUAUAUUCUAUUCCAUUUACAUAAUAGUGCUUCUCUGUUUGCAAAACAUUUUUUUCUUGCUACCUCAAAUUUAAUUAAUUGUAACUUUAAUCCUCCUACUGCCUUUUGGGUCAGUUUGACCUGAAUCAGUGUUUAACAUCUCUAAAUCAAUGUUUGGAUAUUUUUUUUUGCUUCAUAUUUAAUUAUCUUAAAUAAUUUAAUGGAUCACCUGGGUAAAAAUAAAAUUGACUUGAUAUGUUUUCACUGUCCUGUACACAUAUUGUACACAUGAGUGUUCUUUGGGGUCAAUUUUACAACAGACCUUUAGCUAUAGAAAGCAUAUAAGAAUUUUAAAAAUUUGGCAUAAUUUAGUUUUGGCUGGUUUGGAUGAUAUUGAAAUCAUUAUAACAUCUGUCCAUCCAUUAUCUAUACACCGCUUUAUCCUCAGCUGGAGUCUAUCCAAGCUGACUUACGAUGGAGGCAGGGGACAUUGUGGACAUGUCACCAGUCUAUCACAGGGCUACACCCUGGACAAACAAUCACAUUUACAUUCACACCUACAAACAAUUUAGAAAUCAAUCUCAGCAUGUUUUUGGACUGUGGGAGGAAGCCAGAGUACCCUGACAAAACCCAUGCACGCACAGAGAGAACAUGCAAACUCCAUACAGAAAGAUUCUGGGAAGGCUGGGAUGUGAACCAGUGAUCUUCUAGUUGCAAAGCAAAGGUGCUAACCACCAAUCCACUGUGCAGCCCUCAUCAUAACAUGCAAUUUUGUAAUCUUCAAAAAAUUUUAGGGCCCUAAGCUUUCUGAAAUUGUGUUCGUUUUUCCUGGGGUCAGAUUGACUUUGAACAUAAUAUAUGUUACUCUUCUUGAUAACAGAAAUGUUUUUUUCAUUCCAAAUAUUCUUGAUAGCAAAAAUAUAUACUUGAGUAUAAUAUAAAGCCAUUAAAACAUCAAAAAAGAUAAAUCUUUGCAAUUUUACGUCAGUGAGAUUUUAUUGUAAUCUGAAAAUUUCUCCAUAGUCAUAUACCAGGGAUUCUGGAUGAUAAAGGGAGUGGAUUGGGAGUUGCUUUAUUUAAAGGGCUAUUUAGGUAGUCAGCAAACAGACAUAAUGUACCAGACACACAUACUUGGGCAUCAAUUUUAAUUAUAAUAAUUUUCUGGAGGUUUAAAUUGCUGGAGUCAAAUUGACCUCAAGGAUAAAAGAUGCUAGCAAAUUUGAAGGUUAGAGGAAGGUUAAGUAAAAAUUUAUUGUUGGUUAGAGAUGUGCUCUUUGGUAGCUUCUAGUUAUUUUGACGAUAAUUAUACUUCAAAUUAGAAUCAUAUCUACAUGAAAAUAUGGUCAGAAUAUGAUCAGAAUUUGAUCACCACACCUUUAUUUUUCUACAUACUGUAUCUGCUUUGAACCCUACUGGAAUAUAAGCACCACAGGUAGCAAAAUCCCAGUUAUUAUAAUUAUAACAGUGUGUUGUAUGAAAAAUCUUACUCUGAAGUUGUUUUAUUGCUAAUUAGUGGUGGUAAUACUAGCAGCUAUAGAUGUGAGAUUAAUGAAAGGUUAAAGUGAAAGUAUUCCUCUUGAAAUGGGAUUGAAAGUUGAAACAACACAUGCACCUAAAGAAUGUCACUUGGGUACUUUCCACCAUGAUCUGAUCAGAGACAGUGACUUGUCGGUAGUUUUUUAUUAGUUAACCAUUAAUCAUUGACGGACUGUAAGGUAGAGAAGACAAGACAAGCUGCAUUCUAAAAAAGCUCAUAAAUUUACGGCACAGAUAUAAAAGGUACUUCCUGAAUGGUCACAUCAAAGUGCACAAUCUGGUUUCAGUAUAGGCACAUUUGACUGUGAGCCUGUGUCUGGCUGAAUCACAAACUGCAAGAUAAACAUUGUCUGACAUGUCAGUCAGCUUCGAGAGACACAGUGAGACUUGCCAUCCCUAGAAUUUUUGUAUUUCCAGAGAAAACUAUUACAAUGAGACUGUAACGGUUUUCUCUGGAAAUGUAUGUGACCCUGAAUGACUUUUGAUUGUCGAUUUAUGAUGCAAAUAUGUGUUCAAAAUGCAUUAGUUUGCUCAUGAAUACAUAUUUUUGUGUUAUUAUUAUUAUGUUUAUUGCUGCUGUAACAAUGUCAAUUUCCCCUGUGUGGGAGCAAUAAAGAAUUAUCUUAUGUUA